AUGCUCUACGCUCUGGCAAUUGCCACUUUGCUUGGCCCCGGAAAACGGGCAGUCACCGAGCUUCCGGCUGCAGGCGGCCGGCCUCGAGUAGACCUGGAACUGAAGGAGGUGACGGAUGUAGAUGUCGCCGUGGCCACAAGUAGCCAGUCUGGUAAGCUGAAGCGCGAGGUGGGCCGCCCGCCGUCAUCGCACGAGCGAGGUACCGACCGGCUGCCGCCGGCCAAGCCCGUCUCACCCAGCGGGGUGCGGCCGCCCUCGCAAGGUGGCAGGCCACGUGGGCGCGACACGCAACAGGGCCUGCUGUUGAAGUCCAAUCAGCUUCGACAUACCGCCACUGUGCUGGCCGAAGAGUCAUCGCCUCCCCCGACCCGACCAGGCACGGCAGCGUCGCUGGUGUCAGUGAAUGCGGCCGUGCGACAUAGUCCCCAGCGAUACAGGGUGGAGCUUCCGGGGCAGAUGCCGGACAUCCGCGGCGAUCCGUCACCUCCCCCAUCGCAACCUGCAUCGCUGGCGCUGCGCUCGAGGCCUGGAACUUCCCAGAAUUCACAGCUCUUGUCCACCCAAUUUACGGCUGCAAAGGCUUUCGCUCGCCCAUCCAGCUCUGGCACUGAAUCUCCCGCGGUGCAGCCCCUUCCACUGGCCGUAACCCUGAAGGGUCCAGGAACAGCGGUCAACCGACGGAACGCUGCAGGCAGAUCUUGUGAGGCGGAGAAGGAGCCGGUCAAGGCCUUCAGCCGACCUUUUAGCACCAGCUCGUCGACCGAGUCCGCAGGACGGCGUGGGAUUCGAUGGGUCGAAGAUGUGGAGAGAGAUGAAUGGUGGGGAACAAUGCGGACCACCAAAUCCAUGCGGAUUUUUGAGCAGGAAGUUGAGUGGGGACCAAUCCGAAUCGAAGAUGAUGCCAGUGAGACCACCCAUGAAAUGACAGCAGCCAGCAUUAGCGGCACCCAUGUCCCUCUCACCCUCUUUCAGGCCAUGCCCCUUCCACGCUUAGGGUGUGGGGGCCCCUCCCCAAUGUGUGCAGAAGACAAAGGGCAGGGAGUUCAAAUGACUGAGCCUGCUGGGUCCCAAGCUUCUGGAAAUGACAGUGAGAGUCAAAAUGUGCACUGCCGAAGUGACCCGUAUGAGUGCAGUGAUGAAGAGCCAAUACCAAUUUCGGAAAAGCACCCAUUGCCUUUUCACCUCGAGGAUUGUCCAGGACAGCCCAAUGUGUCAAAACCCUUGCCAGAACAAGCGCAGCAUGUAGGCCAUGAUGCUUUCUUCUAUGAAGAUCCAGUUUUUGACCAGCAAGUCAUUGCCGAACUUGAGCAUCCGACCAUGACCGUUCAGGAGACACCGUAUUUCCAAGCAGGGGCAGUACCAGGGUUUGCAGUGAAACGAAAACAAGCCAUGCCCACCGAGUCCAUCAAGUAUCACAAGAGUGGUGUCAAUCAAGUUGAACCUGAGAAAGCGGAAAUAGCCAAUGCUUUGAGUGACGGAACGAAGUCCAUCCGUGACACACAAAUUGAACCCAUUUGCACCAAUGACCAGGAAUCAGUUCCACCUGAAGAUCAUGAUGAGAGUGAAAGUCACUCUCCGCAUGACGACCACUUGCAGCAUGUCCAGCAGGUGCAUCCCGGAGCAACCCUGGUCCCCAGCGAAGCUGACAAUCUGGGUGCAAGUGAACCGUUGACGGUGCAUGUUGUGGAGCCUGGUGAGAGUUUCUUCAUCACACAAGUUCCACCGGGGUCGAAGAUUGCUCAGCUCAUUGAAGCAACCAACAAAGACUUUGGGAAAAAGAACUUUGCACGUAUGACCACAAUUUUUGGCACACCAUUGGCUAGUGAUGCACUCAUUCAACACAAAGGGUGGUACAUGCUUUGUGACCAUGAUAUCAAUCAUGCCGCCUAUGAGGAACCAACAGGUAGCAGAACACCGUGCCUAGUUGGCAAGACGAGACGUCAACUUCUCUGGGCUCAGGAGGGAUGGGUAUCAAUGGAUGAAAUGGAGUACUACCUCUACAUGCUAGAAUGCUACAAGCCAGGAACCAUGUACGGAGUUCUCCAACUGCAUGAUCGCCCUGAUCAGCACACAGCUCUCACGGAAUAUGUGCUGAAAGUCGCCACCGAAGCGGGGUCAGACCCUGAGGGCAAUGCCAAAGCCUUUGUCAUCUUCACAGGUGAUCACUGGGUCCCAGUAGUCAUCCGAGUCCAGGGAAUCAUGAUCCAUUUGUGGACAACGCCUGAAGAUCUAACAUGGAUGCGACCGUUGAUUGAAUCCACAGUAGGAGCCAAAGCUUUCCAAUUUGCCACCAGUGUCAUGCCGUCAGCUUUCAAAGCCGAUUGUGGCUUUCAAGCAGUGGGAUGGAUUUUGUCAAUCUUGUUGGAUGACUCAACCAAUGUGCCCUUCUCAGAGGAACAAGCAGCCCAGUGGAGAGGCCUCUUCUCCAUUGAUUUGCAGAACACAGGUUCAGCUGAGAGUGUUGUCACGGUACCGCUACUCUUAGGAGGUAUGCAAGGACAGCGUGAACAGUUGCAGAAGCUGGUUGUUGAACAUGGUGUUGCCCACAGCCGAAGCCGAGAGUGUGCAGAACAGCUCAUCACUGCACUGGGCAACCAAACCGUCCAACAGAUCCUGGCAUCACCCAAUCCUUGGGCUGACUUGAAGUCUCGAGCCAGUUUGCAACUGGGGACGAAAGCAAAUAAGUCUAAAGCAAAGAACCAGAAGAAGCCAAUCUUGCAACUGCGAGCUGACAUGUUGGAAGUUCCCCAUGCCGUUUUCAAGCAAUCCGAUGGCACUGAGCUUAGCCAGAUCACCGCAGCUGACAUUGCCCCCGGUAGCCAAGGUGUUGCAAUCGUCAACAUUGCUGAAGCCAUGCCAUACUUCCAAUUAACAGAAGCGGUCAGCCCACAUGGAGUUGCAUUGCUGGUUCUUGAGUUUGACGACCCACGACUGCCGCAGCAACACCAAGUCAUGAAAGUCCCUGUCCAAAGCCGAGAAACGCAGGACCCACUGAUUGUCAAAGUUGCAGUUGUGCAGAUUGGUCAACAAUCUGUCUUGCGUAACGUGCCAGCUCACACCAUUGCAGUUCCAGAAGUCCCCAACCAAGUGAUUCGAGUUCUGAUUUUCAAAGACCAGUUCACUGGACCAUGGACGGAGUUUGUACGCAGUCCUGUCAGGUGCCUCAUGCAGCAAGAACCAUUCCGACACUUGCAACAGUCUGAUGUCAUCGAUGUCUGGGAUCGUCAGUUCAUGACUGUUAAGAUGCAAAAGGUUCCCCCAGAAGACUCUGACGUAUUCAGUGUGAACUUACGCAUCAAGCAACAGGUUCAAGAUGACAUUGCCAAAGCCAAUGGAUGCAAUGGAACAUACAUUGAGCCGAGGUCACCUGACGGCCGCCACCCUGAUGAUUCCUUCCAGGUUGUGUGGUUACCUAGGAAAACUUUUGGAGAAGCCCAGGUUUGCCAGAAGACCUCCAAGACACCAACAACGCUUGUCAGACAAGCGGACCGCUAUGGAUUGCGUGUCUUGAAUGAGGAAGCUGAGGCCCUGCACAGGAUCCAUCGUCCGGAUCUUGUGUACAUCCAAGGUACAGAACUCACCAAGUACCGAGUAGGCCCGAUGCCGUUUGGUUCUACGAAGCAGUCCUUGGUUCAUGUUUUCUCCAAAUGGGGGUGGAAAGCGAGACCACUUGCACCACAAGGCCAAGCCAAGGACAGAUCAGGGGUAAUGUGGGUAGUCCAAGCAGCAGAGCCACCGUCGCAUUGGGUAUUCCAACUGUCUCAUGGAGAUGUGCUGAUCUCCCCGGAGGAGAAAGGUGUCCCAAUGCAGCAGCAACCCCAAGCAGUUCUGGCCUCGUCAAGAACAAUCCAGGCGUUGCAAGCCAGUGCCACACCAAAUGCCAAUGAGGAUCCAUGGAUCCACUAUGACCCUUGGGCACGUCCGAACCCGAGAGAAAUGCCAACAAGCCAAGUUGCAUCUCUAGAGACUCGUCUGGAACAAAGCAUCCUGUCCAAGAUGAAGCAAAGUGAUGCCAUGAUGCCAGACACCGAUGCCAAGGUCGCAGAGCUUGAAGAACGCCUUGACCAGCUUGGUCGAACAGUCCAGUCCAAUCACAGUGAAGCAGCCCGUCAGCACCAGGUUGUGCAAAACCAGCUCACGGCCCUGGACUCCAAAGUUGAUCAACAACAAGGGAUCUUCCAGAACACCCUUGAGGCCAAGCUUGAACAGCAAAUGCAGAGGAUCGAACAGCUGUUUAGCAAACGACUUUUGGAUAAAGCUUCAGUCAUCGCUAACCUGCCGAAAGCCACCAACGGUCAAACGGUGUGGGCGGUGUCAGAAACGCAUUUGUCAACACCAGGAAACCCACCUUUACUGCCCUUGUGGAAACGCCCUGCUGCAAUUGACUGGUCCGUGUUGACCCAAGCUGAUGUUGCAGCACAGCUUGAACCCCCUGCACCAGAUGCAGACCCUACCAACCAAUAUGCCAAUCUCAUGCGACAAGCUGAACAAGCUGUUGACAAAGCCUUGCGUGCCAAAGGGAAGGGACCAUUGCCUAACAACAUGAAAGGACGUGGUCAGCAACUUGAAGUGGUAUGGAUGCAGGAACAUUCAGCUCCUGUUAAGAAAUCACGGGAAGGGGAGUUCCAACCAAGUUUUCAUGGCCUUGACCAACAGCAUUGCCGAUGGGUGCGUCAAUACCGACGACUUGUCAACUAUGCCAGACUUGUCCAAGCUUGUAAUGAUACCCCCACAGCCCAUGACCACAGGUCCAAGUUGUGGCAGAGCAUUGUGAAUGCCACGGGUUUUGCCCCCGGUUUCCCUCAAUGGAUGAGUGAACAGACAGGAGUCGCCCUGACUCACACAAUGCCACUGCCUGACAAUUCUGUUGCCACGCGGUUAUGUCAAGCCUUCCAUCAACAGUUGACCAGUUUUGAAAAGACCUUGAAUGCCCAACGCACAACAGCAGCCAAACAGAGAAGGAAAGAUGACACGGCAGUCAUCUUCCAAGACUUGAAAGAUGAAAAACCACUCCCAGUCCAGAUGCUGAUAGACCAUCGCAAAGCUUCUGUCACCGAGAUUGAUGAGGACGAAUCGGCAGUGAUUGUCCAUCAAGACCUUCCAUGGGAUCGAUCCCAGCCGGUCCACAAUGACACAGGUACAUACACCAUCAUCGAAGCAGAGGACAGUAAACUUUGGCUUGAUCACCUCACCGAUCUCCAGCCAGGUAUGACCCUUGAGCAGGAAAACUAUAUAGGCAGGCUCACUGACCUGUUUGCAAAGUUUGGUGAUGAGUGGCGCUCGAGGUGGGAUAGGCACUUUAAUGUUGACCCCGACCGAUGGGAUCCCAUUGUGCAGUUUGCAGAACUUGCUUUGCCCCGCCCAGAGCCCAUGCCGUGCCAACGGAUCACCAAGGAAGAAUGGCUCCGAGCGCUGAAAUCCAAAAAGAAACAUGCAGCCACAGGUAACUGA